AAACAGCUGAAUGUAGUAAACACAGUUCACACGUACGUGACAGCCGGGCGGCGAGGGGUUAACCCGGGUGAAGUUGGCGCAGAAGUGGCCUCGUCCUGCGAGGGAGGGGCAGGGCCGUCCCGCAGAAGAGAGAGGCAGCUGUCAGCGGAGAGAAGAAUGGAGGCAGGAGCCGCCUCUGCAGCUUAAUGAUCAAACGUCUGUCUGGGAACAUAACAGGAAGCGGCUGAGGAGCGCGAGCAGCUCCCCCUGGUGUGCGCCGCGUCUGCUGGAGAAAAGGGGGGAAGCCAGCCCGUCGUCUCUCCUCCCCUCGUGUCUGACAGUCACUGGGAGGGUGUGAUGAGAGCAGAGCGGCUCCCGACUCCGUACUAGUGCGAGUGAGGGCUGGGAGCAGCGGGACAUCACCUACUGCUCGUUCACACGGCGCCAACUCCUGCGGCUUCUGGGACAUCCCGGGACACUCAUCACCAUGAAGGCGAAGAAAGGUGGGUGCAUGUCAGGGCUGACCCCAUGCUCCCCAUACUGGGUGCCCAGGUGCCCUUUGUUUGGUGGCACGCUGCUCUCCCCCCUGGCUCCUCUGCAGGCAGUAGGUGGGCACUUGCGGUUUAGUUCCGCUAUCGGGCAGUGAGACGGAGGAUGAUGAUGGUAUGGAUAUUCCACUGGAUCUCUCCUCCACUGCUGGCUCAGGGAAGAGAAGGAGGCGUGGAAACCUGCCCAAAGAGUCCGUGCAGAUUCUGCGAGACUGGUUAUAUGAGCAUCGCUAUAAUGCCUACCCCUCGGAACAAGAGAAAGCCCUCCUGUCCCGGCAGACUCAUCUCUCCACACUACAGGUUUGUAACUGGUUCAUCAACGCAAGGCGCAGGCUUUUGCCCGAUAUGCUAAGAAAAGACGGAAAAGACCCCAACCAGUUCACCAUUUCACGGAAGGGAGCCAAAAUUACUGACGUGAUGCAGAUGGACUCUCCAACAGGGGCAAAGCCUUACAUUCCCACUAUAGAUGAGAACUCUUUUCACUUCAGCUCUAUGGGACCUAACCAGAACUCAGGGAAGUUACUGGCCUCUCAGCUGUCUUCUCAGCAGUCUCUCCUGGCUCGGCCUUCAGUCAUCUGUCACACCACUGUCACGUCACUAAGUGAUGCGCCUUUCAACUUCACCCAUGUAUUGAAUGCUGGACAAAUCCCAGAACAGCAGCAAUCUGAGGCAAACAAACUAACGGAAACCUCACUUGUCUGCCACGAAGACACUCUAAAGUUAGGACAAAACCCAAAUUCACAGAGUGGACUUUUCAACACCCCACCACCUACCCCACCGGAUCACAAUCAGGAUUUCAGUGGUUUCCAAUUGUUGGUUGAUGUUGCCCUCAAACAAGCAGCAGAGAUGGAGCUGCAGUCAAAACUCGUGUCCUGAAUCUUCAGUUAUCAAAACUGUUCUGAACAUUUCCUUCGAACUGCCCAAGUCGAUAUCAAAGAUGGUUUGCAUUAUUAUUAUUAUUAUUAUUUUUUUUUUUUAUAUUCGUGUUAUUUGCACACGGGAUUAUGAAAGUGAAGCUUUCUUGACACAAAGAGGUCUUACCCCUUUCAAUGACUGUUGUUGUUUUGUUUAGCCUUUAUGAACUGUGACUACAGCAUUGACUUUUAGUGAGUUUCUCCAUUGCCAUUCAUGGAUAUUGAAUUCAGAAAGUCACCAUGGUCUUUAUUUUUAUUUUUUCAAACUUUUCAGUAAUUUAAAACCAAUCUCAGGGGUGAAGGAGAGCAGAUAUCAAUGUGUUUGUGUAAUUGUAUAUAUUAUAUAGUUACACCUACAUCCUAACUAUACUGUAUUUCAUUCCAAUCUUCCGACAGAUAGAGCUACUGUAGAAACAACAUGCUUUACGUUUCUUGGUAGAUUUUGCUUAAAUGUGAGAUGUUUCCCAAGAUUGUGACUUUUUUUUUUUUUUUAUAUAUAUAUAAUUUUUGGUACCUUUCAAACUGUGCAAUAUUUAGAAUGAGAACCGAUAGACCUUUUAUCAUUCCAGAGCAGCAGAAAAUGCUCCCAUACUGUCUACAACAUUUUUUUUAUUUUUUUUUCCAUUUUUUAUUUUUUAUCCCAGUAUAUAAUAAAAUAUUUUGUUAAAGGUCAUGUAAAAAUGUGUUUUUGUUACCUGGGGAUGGAAUGCGAAUACCAUGUAACUGGAUACUGUUCCCAUCUGGAAUAUUAACUGCUAUGUAAAGUUUGUUUCU